AUGCUUGAUAAAAUUAACAGGCUUAGAACGGCAGCUCAGACCAUGGCACUUGAAAAUAGCAGACUUGCCGGCGAGCUGAAGGGCAAAGAUGAAGCCCUCCAACAGAGCCUCACCGUGUUCAUCGAAAAACUUGACAUGAAGAACGUCGAAGCCAGCGGCCUGAGAGUCGAACUGGACGCGUUAAAGGCCACCACGGUAGCGCCAAGCCCGGCUCUCACACAACAGUCCUCGUACGCCGAUAUGGCGGCGAAUACAGCGCCAAGAACAACAGCUGUGCCGAAAACCGCAAGCGCGCCCCCGGUUAAGUCCAAGAAGACGGCCGAGAGGGACCAAAUUAAUAAGAGUAGGAAAGUUAAAGCGACAUCUCGGUUCGUUAUCGAGAUACCGCAGAACAUGUCAGUGGUGAACGCGAAAGCGGGAGUCUGGCAUGCAGUUAAGGCGAAGUGCAGCAAUCCGAAGGCAAAGACCAUAGUAAGUGGUAAGUCACUCGUCAUAAUCCCGGAUGAUGCCAAUACGUUGGAGGUGAUAAGAGGCAUUGACAACAUUAUAGAGAUAGGCCCGAAAAAGCUCGGAGUCAUAAUAUAUGACGUUGACGGCGGCAUCUGUAAGGACGAACUGACCGAGUGUCUGGUGGCGCAGAACGCAGAGCUUGGCAUUACGGCAGAAGAUAUGGGCAACUCUAUGCCGCUUCACAAGCUGGGCCCGCGCAGCAGCGAUGUGGUCCACUGGAUUAUGGAAGUUCCCCCAAGUGUUCUCGCCAAGAUAGAGAACAAAUCGCUAUAUAUGGGCAUGACUAGAUGCAGGUGCAAAUUGCACAGCACAUUACCUCAGUGUUAUAACUGCCAACAAUUCGGGCAUACAUCUGCUAGAUGCGAACAGAAGACGCCUUCGUGCAGGAACUGCGCGGGCGCACACGACUCCCGGGCUUGUAAGGAUUACGGGGUGAAGUGUGAGAACUGUAAGGGACCCCACAAGGCGUCAAGCGCAAUAUUCAAAGCCAGGGGACAGGCAGCUAGGAGCCUUAUCAGGCGUACGGAUUUCAGAACCCAAUGA